AUGGCGGAGCAUGUGUUCUUCCCUGAUGAACCCCCGAGGCCUCUUCGAAUCAAGUACAACGGUUCACUAUACGAUGGAGGUAAUUGGGACCAGUUCCCAGUUCGCCAUGGGUGGAAAUUGGAAACAGGAGCUGAAAAGUUCCCUCGACGCCGAAUCCCACAGAGAUUCCACUCUGGAAUAGAGUGCUGGCUCUACUUCGGCAUGCUCCACUAUGUGUUCGGGGACCAGCUGGAUCAGUCCGAUUUUCUCCUGCGAAGGGAAGAAGACCCCCAGCAGUAUAUCACGACAAAGCAUCUCCAUAAAUAUAUCGACAACGCCAAGGAAUGGAAGAAGAGGAAACUUGGCGAGCGAGCCGUUGACAUUGUCAAUAAAGUCUGCGAGCAACUUUCCGGGUAUGGCGAUUAUUAUGUGCGGAAUGACAUGUCACUGGCCAUUCGGCUGGUCUGCUAUGUUUUCUGGAACGUUGCAGUCAAGCGAGACGGUCCUCAGACCCAGACCCAUCAUGUUAGGCAAUGGAUGUUCACCGGAGAAAUUGAGACUAAGCGAAUGGUCGCAGAGGGAUGGUGCCCCUUGGAGGCAGCGAAGUGUCGCGUGGCUGGUGGUGGAGUGGACACCCCAGCGUAUCUGCUUCAGUUAAUGCGUGUCAAGCCUGGCUGGAACAAGAUAACCCACGAGUUCUGCAAGAAUACAGAAUGUGUGGCUAACAACGUCGAUGAGAGCGAAUAUGUCACUCGGCACGUGGAAGAAGAUUGCACUUGUUCGCACCUCCAGGCAAAUGUCGAGCAGCUGCAUGCAAUUCUCCGGGAUGGGGGAGUCCCCCUUUUGAUGCUCACACCUGGUAGCGAGGACGAGCUCGAUAACCAGAAUUUCAAAGUUGAGAUUGUGAGCAAGCGCGUCGGGAAGCAAUAUUUGGCCAUCUCGCAUGUGUGGUCCGAUGGGCUGGGCAACACGGAGGGUAACAGUCUCCCGAACUGCCAAUUAAGUCUCCUUUACGGGGAGGCAAGGCGUGUCCUCACUGGCGGUGAAUAUGUCCCUCGCUAUGAGGGCGGCCCAUUUGCAACGCUGCACACUAGUGCGGCUCGACUUGCCCAUUUCGCGGGCAGCCAAACUCUGCGCAGAGGCGAUUCAGUACUGUUGUGGAUUGACACCUUGUGCAUACCCCAUCAGCCCGACGUUCGGAGCCUGGCGAUUCAGCGCAUUCGUGAAGUAUACGUGGAUGCUUACCGGACGAUGAUCAUUGAUUCGGAGAUGAGACAUGUAAGCGCCAGCUCUACAAGUCAUCUAGAGCUUCUCCUGAGAGUGCUGCACUGUUCGGGUUGGAUGCGCCGGUUAUGGACGCUUCAAGAAGGACUGGCAGCUAAGAGCAGGCUGUAUGUGCUGUUCUCUGACAAGGCAGUUAACAUUGCCACUAUUGCCGACGAACUCCUGACCAAGCUUGACCGAGGAAAACUCCCCGUCAUGCAGGAGAGGAUUGCUACGUUCGCCAUGGGUGUUUGGUUCACCUUCUUUAAACAUACUAUUGACUCUGCAUCCAAAUUCGAACGUUUUGUUAACCUAGUUGUUAGUCCUUUCGACAAAAGCGACAUUACCAAGGAUCAACUAAUUCUAUGGAAUUGGUUUAAUGUAGCCACGCGAGCCACCAGCAAGGCAGCCGAUCGCCCAAUCAUUCUAGCGGGAAUCCUCAAUCUCGACGUGAAGGAAAUUCUCCAGGUCAAGGGUUCCGAUGAACGGAUGAGGAAGUUUUACACCCUGAUUGACGACUUUCCUCAAGGCGUGCUGUUCCAGCCUGGGCCACGGUUUGAAGAAGAGGGGAUGCGCUGGGCAAUGAAAGUGUGCCAAUAUACCGAAGAAAUCCGAUACCUCUCGGGCGGACCAGGAAAAAUUACACCUCGAGGACUUCAGAUCACACUUUAUCCGUCGUGGCUGUUCCCAUCCCGUAUCGUGUUCGACCUCGGCCUCUUUGACGUCGACAAUAAUCAGGGGCAACGGGCUUGGGAGCAGUGGAUCAAAGAGCACAAUAUUGAAGAUGCCGACAACAUGCCGAGUGUAUGUUUGCUGAAUACCGAAGUCCCUGUUGUUUUCGAGCCAAAUGAAACCUACGGGAUUAUUGUGCACAGGUCAGAAGGGUCUCGUCCUGGAUCAAAGAGAUCGUGUGCAGUGGUGUCACUGCGUACAACGGAGGAUUCAGUCCAUUAUUCACGAUAUGAAGCCCUAGGGACAAUCAAAUCUAUCGCCAGCUUUGUACAAUGGCCAGACGGAGGGUAUCUAGUGCCAGUCGCUUGGGAUGACCAGCAAGAACGUGAAUGGAUUGUUGGUUAA